AUGUCUUUGGUGUUCGCGGAUAGAUUAGUUACGUCCCCGGUUGGUAUUCUAGAGGAUCUCCAAGUAAAAGUCGGGAACACCUCUAUUCCAGCAGACUUCGUAGUUCUAGAGCUUGAAGAGGAAUCCAAAGAUCCUCUCAUUUUAGAAAGACCGUUCCUAUGUACUGUUGGAGCCAUCAUUGAUGUGCGGCAAGGGAAGAUUGAUCUCAAUCUGGGAGACAUAGUCAUCCAGUUUGAGAUGGAUGAGCUGCUGAAGAAGCCGAUGAUGGAUGGACAGACCUUCGAGGUGGAUGAAGGGAUUGAUCUGCUGCAACCUAGCGACAUGAUGAUUGAGGAGAUUCUUACAGAAGAUCCACUUGAGCUUGCACUAGUAAGAGCUGAGGCCGAGCAGAGUGUCGAGAACAUUGAUGCAGACGGGUAUGCUAAGAUGCUUGACUCCGCAAGGAGUAUGGGAAGAAUGGUGGCGAGUCUAAGUCUGGGGGAAGAAAGCAACAAGGACGAGACCACUUCACCUGGAGCGCCCCCUUUACCGAACUCGCCGAACCUACCUGGUGAUCCCUGGAGCGAGUUGAAGGCUCCCAAGGUUGAGCUAAAACCCCUUUCCAAGGGGCCCAGGUUUCUUUCAGAUCCCUAUCCCUCCGGACGAUCAGAAGAAGACGAUGUUCACAUGCCCAUACGGAACAUACGCAUACAGGAGAAUGCCAUUCGGCAUGAGAUCAAGUUUGAUUUCGACAGCAAGUGCUUAGCUGCGUUCCAUACGAUCAAAGGAGCUCAAGUCAGCGCACCUAUUGUACAACCGCCAGAAUGGGAUCUCCCUUUUGAGAUCAAGACUGAGUGA